AUCAGGGAUUGCACAGAAGGCUAUAUUAUGACAGAAAUGUCAUGGCUGGCAUUCCUUUAUGCAGGAUAUACCACCAAUCAGAAUAAUCUUGAGGAGGGCCUCUUCAAGAGCAAACUUUCAGCAUUCAAAGUGAUCUUUACAUCUCCAUCUUCGGCAAAGGGAGUUGUUGGUGACAGUGAUGGCACUAACAUCAUUGAAAACAACAGACAUGCAAAGAGGGAUAUCUUGGGCAAGAAAGUCAAAACCCAUGUGGCUCAAAUCAUCAGACUGUACAAAGUGUCACCUCACUUGAUUGCAUAUGCAUCAUGUCAAGUAAGUGGUUAA